CUUCCGGCAAACCGGAAGAACCUUUGUUUGUGUUUGUCAAAAUGGCGGCUGGAAUGUAUCUAGAGCACUAUUUGGACAGCAUAGAGAAUCUGCCCUUUGAACUGCAGAGGAACUUCCAGCUGAUGCAAGAUCUGGACCAGAGGACAGAGGAUCUUAAAGGGCAGAUUGAUUCCCUGGCUCGUGAAUACACAGCCAACGCUCGGACGUUGUCCUCUGAACAGAAGCUCUCACUGUUAAGACAGAUCCAGCAGUCUUAUGGAAAGUGUAAAGAGUUUGGAGAUGACAAGGUCCAGCUUGCGAUGCAAACCUAUGAGAUGGUGGACAAGCAUAUCCGAAGGUUGGAUACAGACCUGGCUCGCUUUGAGGCCGACCUCAAGGAGAAACAGAUAGAAAGCACCGAUUAUGACUCUACCUCCAGCAAGGGCAACAAGAGUGACCAUCGAGGACCCAAGAAGAAGGAGGUGACUCGCACUAAGUCAAAGGUGAAGAGCUCUGACGAUGACUGCAGCUCAAAGAGCGGACAGAAGAAGGUCAAACUCACACAAAGCUCUGAGUUUUCAACCCCGACUGUGAACUUUGGGAACGUGCACCCCUCGGAUGUGUUGGACAUGCCAGUGGACCCCAAUGAGCCCACCUAUUGCCUCUGCCACCAGGUUUCAUACGGGGAGAUGAUUGGCUGUGACAAUACAGACUGUUCUAUCGAGUGGUUCCACUUUGCCUGUGUGGGUCUGACCACCAAGCCCAGGGGGAAAUGGUACUGCCCAAGAUGUUCACAGGAGCGGAAGAAAAAAUGAACAUGCAAAACAAGAGAAUUCACAGAGAGGGAGGUCGAGGCAGACACAAGGGUUGAAAGUGUUUUAAGGCCCUCCAUAGACACUAAUAUAGAUCCACGCUCCGCUUAAUCUGGUGCUUGUCGUCCUCUUUUCCAUCUUCACAUCCCUCUCUCAGCCAGACAGUAAGAAGGGAUGAUGUGUGAAGAUGAAGGAGGUGUAGUUUUUAAUUUAUGUGCUCAGUAAUGAAGAUGACUUUUGUUAUGGAGUAUUUUUGAUUAGUUUUUUUUAUAUUCUUAUAUUUUCAAUUUGUUUAUUUGGAUUGUCUUUUUUUACAGCUCAUUUUAAACAUGCCGUAUGGGAGCAUAUCAGGGGAUCUCACGGUUCUUUCUUUCACUUGUGAAUCCAGGUGGUCUCAGACUGGAUAAUUGCUGUCAGUAUCCUUCUCAGAUGGGAUCAUUUCCUGCUAGUCUCAGUUUUUGCCUUUUAACAGACAAAAAAGUGGAACAGGUCCCAGAUCAGACUUGAAACUGAUCCCUUAUCUAACUUAUUUUCUCAUUUCAAUGUUCAUAAAAGGGCAACAGUUAUCAUCUUACCUCACCAAAUCUGAGAUGUUUAUUUGACAAACCAGCAAUUACAAGAAAAUAGCUGCUCAAUGGGAUUAUUUAACUAGAUUUUUACACCUACUCAGCCUUUGCACUCACUCAUUCACAAAUCCUGCACUUGAAGACCACCACUUCACUUCAGGUCCAUUCCACAACUUUAAAUUUCAAUGCUGACAUUUUUUGGUGCUUAUGGUUACACACUACUUGGAUCUAUUAAAUCGGUCGUAUAAUCCAGACCGUUGAACAGCAUUAACUCCGCAUGUAACGUUAUUCAUUUGAAUUGCUCUGACACCUGGUCAUUAAAUGCAUUUGGUGUUUUCUUUUGUAACCUAUGAAUUAACUCUAGUAUUGCUGUGAGCUCAGCAACAGGGUUCUUUGCGACUGGAUUUUGGUGCUUAUGAAUAUAUAUUAAAGUAAUGAUGUGUAUGGUUUGGUGCUACACAGUGCUUGUUGCCGGUUCUAAAUUAUUCUAUUGUCUAGUGUACGAUGAAGGGAUUGUGUCAUGUGUUUUUUGCCUUUGUCAUGUUGCUUUGUGAUUUGACUGUUCCAGAUAGUAGAGUACUUUACUAAUGUCAGAUAUUGGGUCUGGUGUCUUCCAUGCUGAAUGAACAAUGCCUGAUUCUGAAA